GACCUGGGAUCCAUCUCCACCACUCUGCCCAAAGCCAUGGCCAAUUCCCUCUGGGACAACAGGGGCAUCUCCUACAAGGGAUGUGCUGCACAGCUCUUCUUCUUUCUCUUUUUUAUUGUAGGGGAAUUUUAUCUCCUGACCAUCAUGUCCUACGACCGCUACUUGGCCAUCUGCAAACCCCUGCACUAUGGGACCCUCCUGGGCAGCAGAGCUUGUGUCCACAUGGCAGCAGCUGCCUGGGGCACUGCGUUUCUCCAUGCUCUGCUGCACACAGCCAAUACAUUUUCCCUGCCCCUCUGCCAGGGCAAUGCCCUGGACCAGUUCUUCUGUGAAAUCCCCCAGAUCCUCAAACUCUCCUGCUCACACUCCUACCUCAGGGAACUUGGGCUUAUCGUACUAAGCUGUUUUUUAGAUUUUUGGUGUUUUGUUUUCAUAGUGGUGUCAUAUGUGGAGAUCUUUAAAGCUGUGCUGAGGAUCCCCUCUGAGCAGGGAAGGCACAAAGCCUUUUCCACAUGCCUCCCUCACCUGGCCGUGGUCUCCCUCUUUGUCAGCACAGCCACCUUUGCCUACCUGAAGCCCCCCUCCAUCUCCUCCUCAUUCCUGGACCUGGUGGUGUCAUUUCUGUACUCAGUGGUUCCUCCAUCACUGGUCACCAUGUCGGUCGGUUUCAUCUACGCAGCAGCAUAG